AAACACUAGUAGUACCAAAUAAGUGCAAUAACAGAAAACGAUGUCCCGAAUAUACUUUUGCAUUCAGAAUCAUCAGUGGUGCAGCAAAUGUGGUUGGUCCUUCCAUAUGCUUUGAUGGCAACAUGAUAAUGAGCAAUGUGAAAAAUAACGUCGGUCGAGGUUUGAACAUCGCACUUAUUAAUGGAACCACGGGAGAACUCAUCAAAACAGAUAUCUUUGACAUGUAUUCUGGAGAUAUUAAACAUUUGCUAAAUUUUAUGAAAGGAAUCAGCAAAGGCACCCUUAUGCUCCUUGCCUCUUAUGAUGACCCAGCAACAAAGCUAAAUGAUGAAGCCCGGAAGUUAUUUUCUGAUUUAGGAAGCAAAUACGCUUCACAGAUGAGUUUUCGAGACAACUGGAUAUUCCUUGGUGGGAGCGGACUCAAAGCCAAAAGUCCAUUUGAACAGGUGCGUUGUGGUAACAAUUACUAUAAUCCCAAGUGAUCUUAUAUGGUUACU